AUGGGACGGGUAUCAUUCGCCGAAGAUGUAAAAGCCGAACAUGUGAUUGAUGAAUUCGAAGAAGAAACCACAAACAUCUAUGAGUACCAAAACACGCCCGAGAACAAGUCUUGGGCGGGCGCUCUCCCACUCAAGCAGGGUCUCUAUGACCCGGAGCUCGAGAAAGAUGCGUGUGGUGUAGGCUUCGCGGCGAACAUCAAGGGUGUUGCAAGCCACAAGAUUGUUACCGAUGCACGGAACCUCCUCUGUAACAUGACCCACCGUGGUGCGGUUGGGUCUGACGCACGAGAUGGUGAUGGCGCCGGUGUGAUGACAUCCAUUCCUCACAAGUUCUUCCUCAAGAACUUUGAGCGAGAGCAGGGCUACAAACUCCCAGAUUUCGGCAAGUACGCCGUGGGUAACGUCUUCUUCAAGCCAGAGGAAGAGACAUUGAAGGAGACGCUCGAUCAAUUCGAAGAGAUCGCAGACCAGCUCGACUUACGGGUACUGGGAUGGCGAGAGGUUCCAAAGGAUAGCUCUCUGCUCGGACCUGCUGCCAAGUCACGAGAGCCCAUCAUUUUGCAGCCUUUUGUCGUGCUGAAGUCGGUUUACGGCGACGGCAAGGAGCCCAAGGAAGACUUCAACGACAAGUACAACGAGCAGACCUUUGAGCGCCAGCUUUACAUUCUACGAAAGCGUGCUACACACAUCAUCGGACUGCACAACUGGUUCUACCUCUGCUCAUUGAGCAACAAGAACAUUGUGUACAAGGGACAGCUUUCCCCCGUCCAGGUGUACGACUACUACCACGAUUUGGUCAACGUCGACUACGAAGGUCAUUUCGCUCUGGUUCAUUCGCGAUUCAGUACCAACACCUUCCCAUCUUGGGACCGUGCUCAGCCACUACGAUGGGCCGCUCACAAUGGCGAAAUUAACACCCUCCGAGGAAACAAAAACUGGAUGCGUGCUCGCGAGGGCGUUCUCAAGUCCGACGUGUUUGGAGAGGACCUGGACUCUCUGUACCCGAUCAUUGAGGACGGCGGUUCGGACUCUGCAGCCUUUGACAAUGUCUUGGAGCUUCUCCUGAUCAACGGAGUGCUCUCGCUCCCAGAAGCCGUCAUGCUGAUGGUGCCUGAGGCGUGGCAAGGCAAUGACCAGAUUGACGAGAAGAAGCAGGCAUACUACGAGUGGGCUGCUUGCAUGAUGGAGCCAUGGGACGGUCCAGCGCUUUUCACAUUUUCUGAUGGUCGCUACUGUGGUGCUACGUUGGACCGCAACGGACUACGUCCCUGCAGAUACUAUGUCCUGGAUGACGACAGAAUCAUCUGUGCUUCCGAAGUAGGCACCAUCGCCAUUGACCCAUCCACUGUCGUGCAGAAGGGCAGACUCCAGCCUGGCCGCAUGCUUCUCGUCGACACCGUCGCGGGGAGAAUCAUCGACGAUGCCGAGUUGAAGCAGACGGUCGCAGAUCGCCAGGACUUCCGGUCAUGGCUUGACGCUCAACUGCUUGUCUUGCCCGACAUCUACCAGAAGCUUAUUGACGGCGGCAGCGACCUGUCUCACAAGCUGACUGAGACCAAGGUUCAGGAGGAUCCCCGUCUCAAGGCUUUCGGCUACUCGCUCGAGCAGGUCACUCYCCUGCUCGCUCCUAUGGCCGCUGACUCCAAGGAGGCACUCGGGUCCAUGGGCAAUGAUGCGCCGCUUGCGUGCUUGGCGCAGCAGCCACGUCUGCUGUUUGAGUACUUCCGACAGUUGUUCGCUCAGGUCACCAACCCUCCCAUCGAUCCAAUCCGAGAAGCAGUCGUCAUGUCGCUCGGCUCUUACGUUGGACCGCAGGGCAACCUUUUGGAAAUGAACAAGGAGCAAUGCCACAGGCUCUAUCUGCCAUCUCCAAUGCUCUCUAUUGAAGAGUUCAACGCCCUCAACAGCAUCCCAACAUUACACUCGGACUGGACUGUCGCUACAAUCGACAUCACCUUCCCCAAGUCCGACGGUCUUGCCGGCUACACCGAUGCGCUCGACCGUAUCUGUGAGAACGCUUCCGAGGCGAUUGAGCGCGGCGACAAGAUCAUCGUGCUGUCGGACCGCAACACAAGCUCCGAGCGUGUUGCUGUAUCUUCGCUCUUGGCGACUGGUAUGGUUCACCACCACCUUGUUCGCAACCGAUGGCGAUCGCAGGCCGCCCUUGUUGUGGAGACGGCCGAGGCUCGCGAGGUUCRCCACAUGUGUGUGCUCGUCGGCUAUGGUGCCGACGCUAUCUGCCCAUACCUCGCCAUUGAGUGUAUCCUGAAGCUUCACCGCGAAGGUCUGAUCCGCAAGAAGAUGACACCAGAGGCGCUCAUUGGCAACUACAAACACUCCUGUGAUGGCGGUAUCUUGAAGGUCAUGAGCAAGAUGGGAAUCUCCACCCUUCAGAGUUACAAGGGAGCUCAAAUUUUCGAGGCUCUGGGAAUUGACGACUCUGUAGUCGACCGAUGCUUCACUGGUACUGCCACCCGCAUUCGUGGUAUGACCUUCGAUCUCAUCGCACAGGACGCGUUCGCGCUGCACGAGAAGGGCUUCCCAUCGCGCAACGUUAUCGAGAUCCCAGGUCUCGCCGAGACGGGCGAGUAUCAUUGGCGUGAUGGCGGCGAGCCCCACGUUAACGACCCUGUGUCGAUCGCGAACAUUCAGGACGCUGUGCGGAUGAAGAACGACAAGUCUUACKAGGCAUACUCCCGAUCGGAGUACGAGCAGAUCAAGAACUGCACGCUUCGUGGUCUCCUCGACUUCGACUUCGAAGCCGGCAACUCGAUUCCCGUCGAACAGGUUGAGCCGUGGACGGAGAUUGUGCGCCGCUUUGUGACUGGCGCCAUGUCUUACGGCUCUAUUUCCAUGGAGUCUCACUCUACCCUCGCAGUCGCCAUGAACAGGCUCGGUGGCAAGUCUAACACCGGAGAGGGUGGUGAAGAUCCAGAGCGCAGCUUGCCCAUGGAGAAUGGUGACACGAUGCGGUCUGCCAUCAAGCAGAUUGCCUCUGGUCGCUUUGGUGUCACCAGCAACUAUCUUGCCGAUGCCGACGAGCUGCAAAUCAAGAUGGCUCAGGGCGCCAAGCCCGGCGAGGGUGGUGAGCUUCCAGGUCACAAAGUUUCCGGGCCAAUCGCCCGCACAAGACACUCCACUCCUGGUGUUGGUCUCAUUUCUCCUCCACCUCAUCACGACAUUUACUCCAUUGAAGAUCUCAAGCAGCUGAUCUAUGAUCUCAAGUGCUCCAACCCAAGAGCCAGAGUGUCAGUCAAGCUUGUCUCCGAGACUGGUGUCGGUAUUGUUGCCUCGGGUGUAGCCAAGGCAAAGGCGGACCACAUCCUGAUCUCAGGGCACGAUGGUGGCACUGGCGCAUCUCGAUGGACCGGUAUCAAGUACGCCGGUCUGCCAUGGGAGCUCGGACUUGCCGAGACUCACCAGACUCUGGUUCUCAACGAUCUCCGUGGUCGCGUCGUGGUCCAGACCGAUGGGCAGCUUCGUACUGGACGCGACGUCGCCCUUGCCUGUCUUUUGGGUGCCGAAGAAUUCGGAUUUGCUACUGCUCCGCUGAUCGCCAUGGGCUGUAUCAUGAUGCGUAAAUGCCACUUGAACACAUGCCCUGUCGGUAUUGCCACCCAGGAUCCUGAGCUCAGGAAGAAGUUCAAGGGGACUCCCGAACAUGUCAUCAACUUCUUCUACUACAUCUCAAACGAGCUUCGUGCCAUCAUGGCAAAACUUGGUUUCCGCACCGUCAAUGAGAUGGUCGGUCACACCGAAUUGCUCAAGGUCCGCGAGGAUUUGAGGAACGCAAAGACCGAGAACAUCGACCUGUCGUUGAUUUUGACGCCCGCUCACACCCUUCGCUCCGGCGUCGCAACCUACAACGUUCGGAAGCAGGACCACAAGCUUCACGUGCGUCUGGACAACAAGCUCAUCGCCSAGUCUGAGCUUGCACUUGAGAAGGGACUUCCUUGCCGCAYCGAAUGCGACGUUGUCAACACUGACCGUGCCUUGGGCGCGACGCUGUCUUACCAGAUCAGCAAGCGUUAUGGCGAGAAGGGUCUGCCACAGGACACCAUCCACGCCAACAUUCGUGGUUCCGCCGGACAGUCGUUUGGUGCAUACCUUGCACCAGGUGUCACACUCGAGCUCGAGGGUGAUGCCAACGACUACGUCGGAAAGGGUCUGUCUGGUGGACGGCUGAUCGUUUACCCACCGCGCUCCUCUGUCUUCAAGGCCGAGGAGAACGUAAUCAUCGGCAACACUUGCUUGUACGGAGCCACCAUGGGUACUUGCUUCUUCCGCGGCGUUGCUGCUGAGCGCUUCGCUGUCCGUAACUCUGGUGUCACCGCGGUCGUUGAGGGUGUCGGUGACCACGGUUGUGAGUACAUGACUGGCGGACGCGUUGUCGUUCUCGGAAGCACCGGUCGCAACUUCGCUGCUGGAAUGUCGGGUGGUAUCGCAUACGUGCUGGACUUGCACCACGACUUCGAGGGCAAAGUCAAUCAGGAGAUGGUCGAGCUUUCAACUCUUGACGACCCACACGAGAUUGCAUUCCUCCGCGGCCUCAUCGAGGACCACCACCACUACACCGGCUCCGAGCUUGCCGCCAGGAUUUUGCUCGACUUCAACCGCGCUUUGCCUCGCUUCGUCAAGGUUCUGCCUACUGAUUACAAGCGCGUCAUGGAAGAGGAGGCCAAGAAGAAGGAAGAGGCUCGCAGAGCCGAGUAUCCUCUCCCUAUCCUMCCAGGCAACUCCGUUCGGAACCUUCACGAGCAGUCUAGAGAACAUGAUCAUGCUGCCGAGAAGAAGAAGCAGAGCCUGCAGGAUCUCGAGGAGAGUCUUCCGGAUGAAAAGGCCGACAAGAAGCGAUCUGCGCUUGUCCUCGACAAAACCAAGGGUUUCAUGAAAUACCAGCGUCGUGCAGAGAAGUACCGCACUGCCAAGACCCGGACUCGUGACUGGGCCGAGCUCAGCUCUCGCCUUAACGAGGACGAGCUCAAGUACCAGGCAGCCCGCUGCAUGGACUGCGGUGUCCCAUUCUGCCAGUCCGAUACUGGAUGCCCGAUCUCCAACAUUAUCCCCAAAUGGAACGAAUUGGUCUUCCAAAACCAAUGGCAGGAUGCUCUCAACCGCCUGUUGAUGACCAACAACUUCCCUGAGUUCACUGGUCGCGUGUGCCCUGCUCCCUGCGAAGGUGCCUGCGUCCUAGGCAUCAACGAGGACCCCGUAGGAAUCAAAUCUAUCGAGUGCGCCAUAAUUGACCGCGGUUUCGAGAUGGGCUGGAUGGUUCCAACUCCACCAAAGUUCCGCACUGGCAAGAAGGUCGCCAUUAUCGGAUCUGGUCCCGCUGGUCUGGCUUGUGCUGAUCAGCUCAACAAGGCUGGUCACGAAGUCACUGUGUAUGAGCGCUCCGAUCGUGUUGGUGGUCUGCUCAUGUACGGUAUUCCCAACAUGAAGCUCGACAAGAACAUUGUCCAGCGCCGUGUUGACUUCAUGGCUGCUGAAGGCAUCAAAUUCGUCACCGGAUGUUUCGUCGGACAAGACGAUGUAACCUUUGACGGCCUUCGCAAGGAGAAUGAUGCCCUUGUUCUUGCUACCGGUUCGACCGUGGCUCGUGACUUGAAGAUUCCCGGCCGUGAGCUGAACGGCAUUCACUACGCCAUGCAGUUCUUGCACAAGAAUACCAAGUCGCUCCUCGACUCUCAGCUUGCCGAUGAUGCCUACAUCUCCGCCAAGGGCAAGAACGUCGUUGUCAUUGGAGGUGGAGACACCGGAAACGACUGCAUUGGUACUUCCGUUCGCCACGGUGCCAAGUCAGUCAUCAACUUUGAGCUGCUGCCCCAGCCGCCAGCGCAGCGUGCUUCUGACAACCCAUGGCCGCAGUGGCCUCGUAUCUACCGUGUGGACUACGGCCACACCGAGGUCAAGACUCACAUGGGCAGAGACCCUCGUGAGUUCUGCAUCAUGUCCAAGGAUUUCGUCGACGACGGCGAAGGCAACGUCAAGGGAAUCAACAUCAAGCGUUUGGAGUGGACCAAGAACUCCGGCGGCGGAUGRGACAUGAAGGAGAUUGAGGGCAGCGAGGAGUUCUUCCCCGCUGAACUUGUUCUCAUUUCCAUGGGUUUCCUUUCUCCUGAGGAGAAAGUGACUGAGGGUCUGAUUGAGCUUGACGGCCGCAAGAACUUCAAGACAGCACCCGGCAAGUACUCCACCAACCUCGAGGGUGUCUUCGCGGCCGGUGAUUGUCGCCGUGGUCAGUCUCUCAUUGUGUGGGGCAUCAACGAGGGCCGACAGUCUGCUCGCGAGGUUGACAGUUAUCUCACCGGUGUGGGAAGUCAGCUCCCUGUCACCGGUGGCAUUGUAAAGCGACCGGCUUACGAGGCUUUGCAGAAGACUGACGCCAAGGUCAUCACUGCUGCGGCCUAA